CCCCCAGCGUGUCUCUUGGGGCCGCGCGUCAGCUUGUGCGGGGCGGAAACAAACAGCGAAGCGUUCGCAGAUCUGCGAGUUCCCGUGCGAUAUGACUAACUCCGCCGGAAUAUCGUGUCAAUCUUUGUACUCUGGUCGUUCCGUAUCUACCAUCUCGUACCAAUUACCGAGGGAGGAGUGUAAACAUCUCUGAAGUCAGGAAGUGGGAUGUGGCCCAGGUGAAAAGCUCGUUAUAUGGUUGCGAGCGUGGGCGCCGUGACUGAUGGCACGCGAUCGGUCACACACAUCAGGAUGACGCGUCGAGGGUAGUGCGAUCAAUAUGUGAUUUUGUGUGUAGAUAGUUGUUUAGAGAAAUAAAGAGCCACUGCAGUGAAGUCUUCGGUCUCAGCAUCAUAAUGGACUCUUCUGUGGCGCUGGGGAGGCUGGAGCUCGCGCGCCCGUUGAUGACCCGCGGCUCGUGUUUACCGGAGGGCGCGCAGAGCGCUCACCUGAACGGGUGCGUGCCGCUCUCUCAUCAGGUGGCCGGACACAAGUAUGGCGUUGAUAAAGUGGGGAUCUUGCAACAUCCUGACGGUACGGUCCUGAAACAGCUUCAGCCUCCUCCGAGAGGACCCAGAGAGAUGCAGUUCUACAGCAAUGUUUAUGCGGAUGACCACUGCGACCCCUGUCUUGUAGACCUCCAGGCGCACCUUCCCAAGUACUAUGGCACGUGGUCCUCUCCAGACUCUCCCGCAGACCGGUACCUCAAGCUGGACGAUGUGACGCGCAGGUUUCAGAAGCCGUGCAUCAUGGACGUGAAGAUCGGCCAGAGGAGCUAUGAUCCCUUCGCUUCACAGGAGAAACGGGAACAGCAGAUCAGGAAAUACCCGCUGAUGGAGGACAUCGGCUUCUUGGUUCUGGGGAUGAGGGUGUAUAAAGUUGGCUCGGACAGCUUUGACACCUAUGACCAGCAUUAUGGAAGAGGUCUCGUGAAGGACACGAUCCAAGAGGGUUUAUCCAAGUUCUUCUUCAACGGUAAUAUUCUCCGCAAAGACGCCAUCACUGCCAGCAUCCUCAAAGUCCAGAAGAUCCUUCAGUGGUUCGAGGGCCAGAGUCGGUUUCACUUUUAUGCAAGCUCUCUGCUCUUUGUGUACGAGGGCGUCUGCGCGCCCAGCCCCGCUUCCCAGACGAGAGAGAAGCUCGCACCCGAGGCCUGUGAGCAGAACAACAACAUCGAUCAGAGCCUGUCGUCCAUGUACUCCCUGCACAAGAAAGGCUGCAUUCAGAGCCACUACCAAGCCAAACAGGACAACGGCGUGUGGAGCUCCCCACAGCAGCCCAACGGCAACCGCAGCCUGCCAAGACUAGAAGAGGACCGGGAGGAGGAGAAGAGCCAAGCGGGACAGGAAACGCUCAGUGACGUGGAGGUAAAGAUGAUCGACUUUGCACAUGUCUUCCCUAGUGACGUUCCCGAUCAGGGUUACAUCUACGGUCUGAAGAAUCUACUGAAGGUCCUAAAUCAGAUUCUGGAGGAGUGAUGGAGUGGUUUGUUGUCGCUGGAGGUAUGACUUUUGUAGCCACUUUCUUGUCCGUCUACUCGCCUCUUUCUAAUCUGCACUACCUACGCCAUCAGUGGAGUAACAUGUUUGUAAUCCUUCGUCUAAUGUAUGUGCUUUAGUCUUUUAAAAGCUUUGUACAGUCAGUUUGUACAAACUUAUCUUACUCUUACUCAGGUAAAUGAAUCUAUAACGCUUGUAUAAUAUUUAUCCCGACAAAAGGAAUUCAAACUGUUGAAACUCUCAUCAUAUUAUGCCUCAGAUAUUACAUUAGUUCCUGUUUCCAGAGCCAUUUCCGAAUUUUUUUCUUUUUUCUUUUUAUUCUUCUAUUUUUUUAAAUCAGUGUAAUUGAAAUUAGAAAUUUCGGUGAGUGAGGAUGUAGGGAAAUAUUUGACGUUUCUUUCGCAUAUGCUGCCAAUAUGUCCCUGUCUGUGUCAGACCUGUUGAAUUGUGAAUUUUAUCUAUUUUUUUUUUUAAACAUGAUUUGAAAAGAAUUAAACCUUGCAUGUUCUGUGAUUAUACUGAUGCAAUACGACUGAAAAAACAAUGACCGUAAUGAAGAUCGUUUAUUUUUUCAUUGUAUGUCUACAACGAAUGCCAAAGUUUCCAUCAAUGAAGUGAACCUGAAUUGUGAAUUCUCUGAUUACUAACCGAAUUACUUGAGGGGCGUCCGGGUAUUUCAUUUGGUGACUGCAUAGGACAUGAUAGGAACUCGCAUAGAAGGACUUGAAGUUAGUCAUAAAAAAGCCAUUUAAUGUGAUUCAAUAUGAGAGGGGGGAAAAAACAAGAAUACCCUCAAAACUAUAAACUUUUUUUUGUUGUUGCUAAUCUCAUUUUACUUUAUUUUACAUGUUUAUGAUUUGAUUUGUCCGUAAUGUUUCAAAUGUUUUCUCAGUAGGACAGACUAACAUUGUGUUUCUUUAAUCAACCAAGGCCUAUUCAGGGUUCCCACAAUCAUUAAAAAACUUGCGAAUAUCAGAGAAUUGUAUUAUAUCAUGAGGGUUUUUUUAAGCUUGAAUGCAUAUUUCAAAAAAUCUGUAUCUGGUAAUUACCUCGGCUGAAUAGUUAUUGAAAAGCAUGGAAAAUGCAUUGGUCAGUAAUGUGGGAACUCUGUCUAUUGCAUGUUUUAAUACAAAUGGUCUUAUGCUUGCAUGUAUAACAAUCAUUCAUUUACAUCUCAAUAUGUUAAGCUCAAGAGUUAAGACAUCAGGAAAUAGUCCUUUUUAAUUUCACAUGGAUCUCUUUUGUUUUUUUAUUUAUGUAAUAUGUUUUAUUAGCUUGGUUGUGAUGGAUGUCGAAAGACCACAUCUCCUAUAACGUAGUGCAGCAAGUGUACUAAAAACAACAUUCUUGUUCAUGUGCACCUUUUAAAAUGGUGCAACAUUGGAAACAUACUUUUCCGGUUGUACCCAUAAAGAAAAAAAAGUCUCUGAAUAGCAUAGUUCUUUGGGCAAAGUAAAAAAAAAAAAAAAAUUGCCUUUUGUGCCUAUCUAUAAAUAGUCUUUUUGCAGAAAGUUUUUCAGUAGACCUCACACAAAUUCAAUAUCUGAAAAACUGAAAGCUCUCGAGUACUAGAUUGCUCUCCUGAUGAACUUAUAAUCAUGUUUACAUUUCUACCUUUAUGGUUAUCUGGACAAAGAGACAUUGUUAUAUAGUCGUACAUGCAUAGCUCAAUAAUUAAUGUCCCUUAAUCAUCAUCAUCAUCUUAUGCACUGAAAGUGAAAAUACUAUGUGUACAUUUAUUGUUAAUUACUAAAGUUUAUCUUGUCAUUUGUUUUCUUUUUCUGAUUGUUUUAUUAUUAUUAUUUUUAAUAAUAGUAUAUAGCACCUGAUUGGUAACUACUGUAUGGUGGUGCUUAAAGCACUUUAGUGAGACUGGAUAUUUCCCUGUGGAAUGGAUCGAUCUUAUUUAAGGGCAUAAAAAUGUUGAAUCUCAACAGACGUUUGUACACUGGCUAGUAGAUCUUUUGUUCGCUGGAACGGCAGGAAUAUUUUCAUGGCAUUCAUUUUCUCAUGCAGAGUCAGUGGAAGAUGAAUAUGAUAUCUUUUUGGUGUCCUUGUGCUUGCUGUUCAAUAUGCUGAAAUAUACAGGGCCCGGUUCAGUAAUGCCUCAGUGUAUGUCCAUUUUUGAAAACCUGUCUUAAGCUUUGUAUCGAGCUAAACUUACGGAUUAAUACAGAGAGACAGAAUUCAGCAAAUAAAAACUACAACUCAAAUGUCGUUAAAUUCAGAUGGUUUCCAAAUGAAUAAUGUAUUCUAAAUGUCAGCCAUAGCUUCCUGCUUCGAAUCAUAGCUCUACCCUGAAAUGAACUGUUUUUAUAGUGAUUUUUUUUUUUUUUUUCAAUGAAUAAAGUUGUUGUAAUGGGCAAUCUUUAUGGAAAAGAGAACUAAUCGAAAUGGAUCAAUGAACAUACUGACCUGUAUUAGUGUGUAGUUUUUGGAGAUAUAAUGUCUAUCCAACCCUGAUCUAAUCGUUCUCUUAACAAAUUACCACUUUUGAGUAUUGAAAUAUGAACUUAAUAUUUACUGGAUGAUAUUAGGUGUAUAUUUGGCAAAUUUUCAUUAAUAAAAUCUGCAUUUAAUACCA